CUUUAAACUUUAAGAGGGUGUUUGAAGAGAAAGGGAGGGAGGCAGAGGGCGACAGUGCGCGCACGUUAGAGAGAGCGGUUUCAUUUGUGGCGAGAGAGUGGAUGAUAUUCUUUGCUAUAGAGAAUAAGAUGGAAAUGGAAAACUCUACCAUGGUAUAUUCUGAUGUGACAACUGGGAUGGGCAUAAUAUCUCUGGUUGUCUACUGUGUGGCGUUUGUGCUUGGCCCCACUGGCAACGGCUUGGUGAUCUACGUGACGAGCUGCAGGAUAAAGAAGAAUGUCAACUCUGUUUGGUUCCUCAACCUGGCCUUGGCGGACUUCCUCUUCACUUCCUUUCUGCUCCUCUAUAUCAUCUACAUUGUCCGUGGUUAUGAUUGGCCUUUCGGUGACAUCCUUUGCAAGUUAAACAGCAUGGUGACUAUGCUCAACAUGUUCGCCAGCAUCUUCCUCCUGGCGGCCAUCAGUCUGCACCGCUGCCUGUCCACGUGGGUGGUUGUGUGGGCCCAUAACAAGUGCACGCCAGGCAGGGCUGAGGUCAUCUGUGUGGGGAUCUGGUUAGCUUCAUUGGUCUGUAGCCUCCCAUUCACCAUCUUUCGGGAGAUCAUACACCAUGAUAAUAGGACAAUGUGCAGUUAUUCAAUUUCCCAUUCUUCCUACAGGAACUUGGUUGUGUUCCGCUUUCUGCUGGGCUUUCUCAUCCCAUUCCUGGUCAUCAUAGGCUCUUACAUUGCCAUAUGGAUACGCGCCAGGCGCCUUCAGAAAGGAAGAACGCACAGGUCCCUCCGAAUCAUCGUCUCCGUUGUCCUGGCCUUCUUCAUCUGCUGGAUGCCCUUCCACGUCUUCCAGUUUCUGGACUUCAUGGAAGACAACCAAGGCCUCAAGCUGGUCGUGCAUAUAGGGACUCCCCUGUCCGCUAGCCUGGCCUUCCUCAACAGCUGCCUGAACCCCAUCCUGUACGUCUUCAUGUGUGACGAGUUCCAGAAGAAGCUGCGUCAGUCCGUGUUGCUCGUAUUCGAGAAUGCUUUUGCAGAGGACCACGGGAUGAACUUUGUGUCAUCAACGCGCUCCCUGAGCUCCCAUCUCUCCCGGAUCUCCCGUAAGUCUGAGUCUCUGGCUCCAGGAGAAGGAGGACUUUUACACCUCACUGGUGACCAGUCUGAUAGUAAAGUGUAAACUGAGGUGUGAGAUGGGAGACAUCUGCAAAAGACAGGGCUAGUACAUCUGUAUUACAGAGUAAUUUGACUGUAGCUGUUGUCAUUGUGGUGUUCAUGGUGGCAAUGAAAUCAAUCAAAUGUAUUUUAUAAAGCCCUUUUUACAUCAGUAGUUGUCACAAAUUGCUUUACAGACACCCAGCCUAAAACCUCAAAGAGCAAUGCUGAUGCAGUUAUCAGAUUUAACUUCUGUUAUAGUGAUGUUAUGUUGAAGUUACGGAGACCUUAUUUUGAUGUUAUGUUGACAUUAUGGGGAAAUUCUCACACACAACUAGACAAUAACAUUCCUAAACCUCUAAUUUCAAAUUCUUACAAGACUGUUCGACCAGACAGAUCAAUUUUGGUAUCAAAAAUAACAAAAAACCUCUUUAAGGUCAUUUAUUAAUUUAUUUGUUUAUAUUUUGCUUGUAGCUAAUACAAGAGUUGACUCCUGAAAGGACUUUGAAAUCUGACCAAAGAAAAACACUUACAAAUGUUUACUUCAGACAACAUUCCUUUUGUGAUCCAAAACAAACAGAACAUUUAUUGCCUGUAUGUGAUAGAUAUCUUGGACCUAUUUCUUCCAUGUGGACUGUGUUUCUGA